GUCGCAUUCCUUUCUUUUCGGCAAUCAGACUCUGAAACCUCUUCCCGUGCCCGAAUUGAUUAACUACCUAAAAUAGAAAAGAUACGAUUAGAAGAUCUUCUUCUUCCUCUAUACAUUCCACAGAGAAUGGUGGAAUGGUGGAUAAAAACUAAAAAGAAAAACUGGAAGAGGAAAACUGAUCUAUUCCAGGGAGGAGCAUGAGUAAAACAUGAAAGAGAUGAAAGCGGUUUGUCUAGAGAUGCAUAUAAACAUGGAGACGAUCCUCCCUUCAGAUCUUACUUUAAACAUACUUUCUCGCUUACCCGCUGAUUCAGUCUUACAGUGUAGACAAGUGUUGAAAACGUGGAAGGACCUACUUCGUCAACCUUCCUAUCCUCGGGCUCACUUACUACAUCAAUUAUCGCAGAUUAAUGGUAACAGUUUCACAAGUCCUUCUUCUCAUACUACUGCUGGUAUUCCUUUCGGACUUCUUUUCUUCUUUUCAUUUACACUGGAACGUGGCAACCAGCUUUACUAUGGAGAGUAUGAUAACCAGACUCGUAAUAAAAUUAGAAAGAUCAACCAGCCUCUCACUGUUGGUAAAUCAGUUAUUGGUUCAUGUAACGGGCUGAUUUGCUUUUCUGAAAACUAUCCUUAUCAUGUCCUUGAACCUAGCUAUGUUAGUAAUCCUAUCACUGGAGAAUACGUAACAAUUCCACGAAUAAUCAAAAGAGGAAACCUUGUCGACUACUCUGAGUUUGUAGUGUGUGGUUUUGGUUACCAUCCUUCUACUGACAAGUACAAAAUCGUAAAAAUCCACUAUACCAAAACCACUCAUUUGGGGCGGGUAGUAUACACAAUAGGCAGUGGCAGCGGUUGGAGAGAGACGGGAACAACCACUCACUCACUGCGACCUAAGAAUGAAUGCGCUUCUCGGGGUUCGUGUAUGUAUCUAUCCCCAUUUGGUACGUUAGCAAACGGAGCACUUCAUUGGCUUAACAAGGAAGAGAAGAUUGUAUCCUUUGAUUUGGCUAAGGAGAAUGUAUACUUGCUCCCAUCACCACCUUUUGUCCCUGCUGCAAGUGAUGAAAACUGUUUUCAACUUCAGGUAUUGGGAGGAUGCCUGUGUUUUGUUCAUGAAAAGCGAGGUGAAUGCUUAGACAUAUGGUUCUUAAGGAAGACGGGAGAAAGCAAUAGUUUUGAGUUGAAUGAACAGGAUGAUUACGAGUUAUUAACCUGGAUUAAAGAGUUUAGCAUACCAAUUGAACGUGAAGCAGAGCCGUGUGCCCUUACUAAUAGUGGUGAACUUCUAAUGCGCCACAAAGGUUUUCUCUUCUGUUAUAAUCCAAAAACUGCAGCCUUGGAAAAGCUCAUGGAUAACUACUUUUGUUAUGUACUUCAACAUGUCAACAGCUUUGUUUCGCUGAAAGCUCUUGGAGAAAGGCGGUGUAGUUUCAGAAAAAGGUAUGAUGUAAAUCCAGCACCAAAGGAAAUCUUUAUAGGAAAUCAACAGAAGGAUGAUGGACCGACUAAUGCAUAAUACUAUUUCAGUUCUAUUUUUUAAAUUGUUUGCACAUGUGCCUGUGGAACUCAUAUGGUUUGCUCGUCUGUCUGACGUUUUUUAUAAAUAACUGGAUCGAUGCACAUUUUGACAGUUAAUUUCUCUUUUGUAUGAUUCUUUUCUUUCUUGUAUCGCUUCCUGUUGAGUUCAUUUCCUUGAAUUUGUUCGUA